GAAAUCAUUGAAUUCUCCCCUUCUCAAGUUGCAUUUUCAAGAAAAUAUUUUUAUAAAAAUGCGGCUGACUUCUUUCUUGCUUAGUAAAGCUAACAAAAAGUUAGGUGAUGUUUCGAAGAAGUUUGCAAAUUUCCCAGAUGAAUACAUUGCCCGAAGUAUGGAACAACUUCAUUGGCGUACACCACGAGCACCUCAAUAUUCGGAUAAAACUAUAGAAAGAAAAAAAUUUAGAUUCACAACAAAUCGGCCAUGGACAGCUCAGUUUUAUCAGCAAAAUAUGCCAGGAACUAUUCGAAAGAAAGUUUUUGUUGAACCAAUACCUCCAGAACAGUGGAUGUACUUUCGAGGAGAUCGUGUUGAAGUUCUCGUCGGAAAAGAUAAAGGAAAACAAGGAAUUGUAAAUCAAGUAAUACAAGAACGUAAUUGGGUUAUUGUUGAAGGAUUAAAUACCCAUUUAAGAGCAGUUGGUGCCGAUAAAACAUUUCCGGGAAUUCUCAUUCAAUCAGAAGCUCCACUCCUUGUGACUAACCAGGUGAAACUGAUUGAUCCUGUUGAUCUUCUUUCAACUGAAGUUGAAUGGAGAUUUACUGAGGAAGGUGAACGAGUUAGGGUAUCAAAGAGAACAGGUCGAAUAAUCCCAAUUCCAAGUCUGCAUGAGGAAACUAAAGAUUACAAAUCAAAGUCGCUUUAUGUCGUAAGAGAAAAAGAUACCGAAGCUGCUGUUGUAAGUGAAAUAACAUUUAAACCUAAAUUAGCUACAUUUGAGAUGGAGAUAAUGGAAUCGAUGGGAAUUGAAGAAGAUCGUAUUCCAAAGAAAACAUAUUGGUACUAGUUUAGUUUAUUUACCUUCUAUCAUCUGAUAAUAUUAAAUAAAAUGUAGGAAUAAAAUCAAAG